CGUCACUCUGAUACGUCAGUUUGUAGAAUUUAUUAUUUUAUUUUGAUUUUCGUGGAAAUAAUUACUGUGCCCGAUAAUCUUCCGUCAGUCAUUAAGGCCGCUUCUCAGUGUUCCUAGUAAACAUAGUGCCAGAGCCAAGUGUAACUAAAAUGUGCUAUAAAGGACCCACUGAAUCACUCCCGUUUUUCUUCCCGAAGUUGCAAUCACUGUUGUUUAUGCAUUGAUUUGUUAUCGUAAUAACUAUCUGAAUACCUGACACAUUUCUGCUACCAUGGAAGUAAACCCUUUAAAUAUUUUCUUCGUGAAGUCGGACAGUAAAGGAGACAGGUUGCUGUUCAGAUAUCCUUACACAUGUGAGAACAGAGAUGAAAGUAAACAGAAGAAAUGUGGUCGCCUUAAUCCUUAUGCAGUGAAUUCAGCGGAGGACCUCCUGCAGAACCCACAGUCUCAGACAUCUAAUAUUUGCAAGGGGCAACUGAGUGGUUUCACAGAUGAAAUGUUAUCCACCCUGUUUGCGGUUAAAGCAGAGCUGUGUAACCGUAAAUUUGAACUUAAAGUCAACGAUGUACGGUUUGUGGGGCACCCCACACUGCUCCCGUACCGGACUAACAAGGAUGACACUGCGGCCAUGAUAUUGAUUAAUAUUGUUUUUGCACUUCAAGCGUCAGCUAGUCAUUCUAUUGUGAAAUGUUAUUAUGAUCUCAGUAAAAGACUGGGAAAAGCACUAAGGCAUGAGGAAAAAAGGUGCUCAUAUUUAACAGAAGAAAUGAAAAUUAUGUUAGCAGCACACGACGAGGUAUCAGCGUUAGAUAGCGAAAGUAAUUCCGGGGAGAAUGACGAAGAGGAGGAGAAUUCUAGGCACUCCGUCAGCUCCACCACAUAUGGCACAGACAUGGGGAAGUCGCCCCGGUCAGCCUUCCAUCUCAUACUGCAGCGGAGCUCGCUGGCCCGAGCAAUGAAAUCUGUUUUUGAAGAGCUUAGCAGUACCGGUCUUGUCCAAGUACGGAUAAACAAGUGGGCUCUCUCCUUCUGUUUGCCCCACAAAGCCCAUCAGAUCCACAACAGAGGGCUAAUAAUAGAGCCAGAGACCAUAGACAAAUGCCUACAGAAGCUGAAGCCAUACCAUGGGAUGCUCCUUAUGGUGAACCCAAAUGACUUGCUGGCAUCUAUACCGCUGGAUGGAAGCCCAGCGUUGCUCAGGCUUAUAAAACUGUAUAGCCCUUUGAAGAGUUUGCAAACUAUUGCUAUUGAAGCAGAUUUGAGUCUUACACAGGUUUUCCAGCUGACCGGUCACUUAGUAUACUGGGCUAAAGCCACCGUCAUAUACCCGCUAUGUGAAGGAAACGUGUACGUAGUGGCACCGUGCGCUAAUGUCCACACUCAUUCGCCGCUGGUCGACGAAUUCGCCAAAGAGUUCCCUGGCCUGUGCCUGCUGCAGAUGCUAAGCGAGUUCUCGCUGCCCGCACCGCUGUGGUACAUCUCUCGCGGCGGCGUGGGCGGCGGCGGCGGCGGCGGCGGCGGCAGCCAGCGCCUCGGCCGAGUAGUCGCGUGGCUACUGAGACGACGGUUACUGUUACAACUUCAUACCUAUGUGCAAUUUAACUCGCCGCACUGGGGACCCGAUAGUACACCAGAUGGCAAAGAGUACUUCUGCGAAAAGCACGACGGCUACAACAGAUCCUGCAGCGUUUCGUUCUCAUCGCUAAACCAGAUGCAACUGAACGUGCCCGAACCCGUCGAACCGCGGGUCAGCUCCAACACCUUCCCCGACUCCGACGAAGACUACCCCACCGAGAACAACCUCAACCAGACAGACUUCUCACACACCAAACCGAUUGUCAUCGAAUCCGAUCACACAAAAUUUGGCUUCAACGAAGCUGAUUCCGCCAACCACAGUUUCGACGACGGUGUAGAUGUUGUCGACGGCCUAAUAAAAACAAACGGUGAUUACAAAACAGAUAAGAAAAAACAAGGGAAUUCAGUAGAUAGCGGCAUAUCGAAUAACAUUAACGGUGUUACAGAAAAUGGGACUAACGAUGUGACGUCGAGGCUGUCGAAUUUGUCUUUGAAAGAUACGGAGAGUGCGCUGAAUACGAGUAGUGAUGAAGACAGGUUCGAGAGUGACCAAGAUGUGUCGCCGAGGAUCAAGAAUGUUAACGGGUACACGAAUGGCGUCGAAAAGAAGAAUGGAGUGUCGUUGAAUCUGAAGUUACAAAGCGAAAUGAGCUUUCAGCCGCCUACCGUCUGGAGUGUCCCGGCCAGUUGCGACGUAGUCGACGCGUGCCGGAUACCCACGGACCCACCUAGCACAGAGUCUCUAUUGGACACCUUCACCCCUGAAGAAAGAGCCGCCUUAGCUGACAUACCCGCCUCUAAACACACCGAUGACCUGUUACUACUCGCACAGUUACAUAAGAAAGGCUACCUACGAGGCGAACAGCACCUCGAAGAAAUAAUGUUCAUGGAGAACGUGACCCGGUCGCAACUGAUGCAGUUGCUCGACAAGUUCAAAGACGUGCUCAUCACCUUCGAAACCGAGGACCCUGCCGUCGCCAUGCUAUAUCCCUACCAAUAAUAUGUACCAGAAUUCUCACUUUUGGCAACGCACGGUGUAGCGUCCUCACUGGGCCUGGUUGGAUCGUAAGAUGGCCCUUUUUUUUUCAAAGUUGUCCGCCCCACUUUUUUUGCAUUUGGAAAUUUUUAUGUGGUUUCCACUCAGAAUCGCGAGCUCUUUCAAUUCUAUUAGGAGAAAA